AUGUACGGUGUACACAUGCUUAAUAUGUGGAGAAAUUUGACAUUUUCAAAAGAAAUUAACGUUUUAGCUUUUUGUGAGACUGAGAGGCCUCUUGCUGUGAGGAAAAGGAUGUUUGGUCGUGCUUGGCCUUUUAGAGCUCCUGUGAGAGAUGGGUUAGUUCUGACAUGGCCACAGAUCCUAAAUCGUUCCAGUGUUCCAUGCUUUGAUGAUAGAGUUGCUACUGAAUGGUUGAACAAUGCAGCAGUUAGGAAAGCAAUUCAUGCUGAACAGGAUAGCGUCAUUGGUUCCUGGGAGCUAUGUAAAGGUCUCACAUAUUAUCAUGAUGCUGGAAGCAUGAUCAAGUAUCACAAGAACCUCACUGCUCUCGAUUAUCGGGCUCUUAUUUAUAGUGGAGAUCAUGAUAUGUGCAUUCCAUAUACUGGGAGUGAAGCAUGGACUAGAUCACUUGGAUAUAAAAUUAUAGAUGAAUGGAGGCUUUUGUAUUGCAAUGAGCAAGUUGCCGUGUUAGUUAAAUCAAUUUUUCUUUGCUAUGCCAAAAACCUCACAUUUCUCACUAUAAAGGGCUCUGGACAUACUGUGCCUGAACACAAGCCAGUAGAGGCAUUGGCCUUUUAUAGCUGUUGGUUGGAAGGACAUUCAAUAUGAACAAAUUUGAAGAAUUGGAUACACAAGAGAGCAGUAUUAUUAAUAUCCUCCCUGCAUCUAUUAUCCUUAUGUUGAGUAUGGAAGAAUACAUCCUAAUUUAUCAUGAAUGUACAAAAUCAUUUUUUGAUUAAAAUUCCAAGUUGUCUA